AUGAAAUCAUCUAUCUAUCUAUCUAUCUAUCUAUCUAUCUAUCUAUCUAUCUAUGUGCUUGUCUCUAUUCAUAUUUCAUUCAUCUAUCUAUCUAUCUAUCUAUCUAUCUAUCCCAGUGUGUGUACAAUCGUCUAUCGUUCUAUCUUCCAUCUAUCUAUCUAUCUAUUAUUUUUCUUAUAUCUAUGGAAUUUUGGCCAUCUGAAUGCUAAGCCUGUCGCGUUCUCUUUUGCUCAUCACUUUGCAAAAAAUUAUCUAUCUAAGCAUGUUAAUUAUUUUCAUUUUUCUAUCUAUCUAUCUAUCCAUCUCUCUAUCUAUCUAUUCAUUCAUUUUCUGUUGUUGUUUAAUUAUCUAUCCUUCAUUUUCUAUCUAUUCUUCUAUCUAUCUAUCUGUCUAUCUUUCUAUUCCUUUCUCCCUUUUUGGUAUCUAUUCAUUCAUUCUGUUUUUAUUUAUCUAUCUUUUUUGUUCAUUGUUUUUUUGUCUGUCUAUCUUUUUUUGUUCCAUCUACUUCAUUCUAUUUUUUUAUCUAUAUACCUAAUCAUUUCAUCUAUCUAUCAUUCAUCUAUCUAUCUAUCUAUCUAUCUAUCUAUCUAUAUGUGUGCCUGUAUAAUGAUGUUAUAA